AUGUAUGCCCUAUCACUGGAGAGGGUUCCUUUGCCUUAUUUCUCUACAUAUGCUAUUUUCACUCUUAGUUGUUUCUUCGGUUCAGUCUUUCGCAUUAUCUACGACCCUAACCAACCUACUCCUACUGGGUUGAACGGAACUGCAAGUAGCUAUGAACAAUCUGGUAUGAGGCGUAUGCUUGAUGCCUGCCAUGCUGACUCCUGGUGCUUUUGGAGUUUUAUUAACUUGAUUUAUUUCGGGCUCCUUUGUCUUGGUUUGACACUUCAAACAAUUUUUUUUGGAGAACUAAGACCUAACGAACAUGAACACAUCAGGGAGAAUUUUUGGACUUUUCUCUUUUAUAAACUUGUAUUUAUUUAUGGUGUCUUAAAUGUUGAAAGUUUGCAUGAAUUAUUAUUAUGGGCUGGCUGGUCGUCCUCCUUAGGCUUUCUUCAAAUUUUAACUGGUUUGGUUAGACAGCGUGUUGAGUUUCUUAUUCAAAUGCCUGAUACAACCGCUGUACUACAUUUGAAAAUGGUAGUUCUUCUUAUUGCUGUUCUCUGUAUAGGCCAUUGUUUGGCCGGCAUAUCCAUUGCUGUUGGAAUUAAAUCCUCCAUUCAUUUAAUGAUUUUCAUGCUUUCUGAAGUGUAUCAAUUAAUGAUAUCAUCAAGUCAUGUUCUCAUUCGUUAUGGAUUACACUUUUACAUUGAAUCCAUCCUUCAGAGCCCCGGUGGUGUGUCUAGGAUUAAUCACUCUUCGCUCUUCUAUUACGUUGACCUUAUUUUCUUUUCCAUGGGACACGGCCUUGAUUUCGUCCACAACCUUCACAUGCUCUUUUGGAAUAAUAUACAGGUCAAUAUGUCUUGUCUAAUCGUUAUGAUGCACUUACAAUAUCUUUAUGGUGAAAUGGUCAAACGAUACAAAAAGCAUCAAAGAUACCUACUUAUCAACUCACUUUUGUUUUUUGAUGUUGUUGAGAAUCCGGAUGAAGCUUGUCCGAUCUGUUGGGAAAAAUUGACUCUCGCUCGACGCUUACCAUGUGGACAUAUAUUUCAUGAUUUAUGUCUGAGACUGUGGAUUGAUCAAUCUCCAAGCUGUCCAACAUGUCGAAGAACCUUACUUCUGCUAGCGGGUGCCUUAAAUCUUUAUUCGAAUGCUUCUGAUUUUUCCUUGACAGGCCAAGCAGCUUAUUCAUCAGAGACCCCUGGUUCGCAAGUUGAGUCAGAAUUUAAUUCACAUAAUUCAGCCCCUGUUGAUCAUGAUGCUGAAGAACCAAUUAUUCUACGGACCAGCCAUGAUCACUGUAAUGAUGAUGUAUCUUUAUUGAUAUCGCCAUUUAAUCCUGAUAAUGAUUUAUCCAAACUCGAAUUAUUUGCAUCUUCACAAACAAGUCCGAUAAAAUGUGGACACGCAUCUAUGACGUUGGAUAAUGAAAAAUGUGAGUACUGA